AUGCGUAUUCUGCAUCUGGUUGUGCUCUGGGGCUCUUUAGCCUUGAGCAUGACAACCGCCAGUGCUUUCCAUGGAACUAAUUUGCCAUUAAACCCUUGCCCUGCCGAUUGCUACGGGUCGCCAGAAAAUUGGCACGUCUAUUCUUCGUUUGACCGCCUUCAGAUAUGUGAGCAGCCACUCUUAUUGGAUUUUGCGAUCCACACUCCCUUGGAAGACCCAAACACCACGGUAAAGUUGAGAAUGUGUACCCUCAAUGAUGGCCUUUCUCAAUCAAAUGAUUUCCCUUUUGAUGGGACUGAACAAUUCGAUCCGGAUUCAAUCUCUUAUCCGGUCGAUGGAUCCUUGGUAUCCUUUGACCUCUUCACCAGCAACGAGAAGGGUACAGCUACUACAAACGACCUGCGAAACACCAUUGACCUCCUACAACGACAGCUGACGGAUUCUGUAUACCGCAAUACCGACUUUCUCAUAGCGUACAGCAAAGGGGCUGUCGUCGCCGUCUAUAGUGGCGCCGCCAUUGACAAGACCAAGACUCUCCCUAGCGUCCUGCAUCUCUUCCAAGAGCACCUUAACACUACGGCUUCAACCAAACUACCCAUGAACAUGCGUCUUCAAUUGUGCGAAGAAGACCGCAAUGGUGAUCACAUUAUUGGUGUAGCCAUCAAUAUUGCAGGAAAUAUUCCUACUGUUCAGGAGACUGUACAGACAUGGAACAAAGCCGCCUGUGUCAACAAUACAGAAGAAUAUUCAACAAAACUAAAAGGCAUCAGAAUUUUCGAGGCCUCUGCUCCCAAACCAAUUGACUCAACCAAUGGCAACAGCGGCCAUCUUCUAGCAAGGGCUCAGCGUGCGAAUAGCUGUCGAACAACCACGGUAGCCUUUGGAGAUUCGUGCGGCUCAUUGGCUAAGAAGUGUAGCAUCUCCAGCGCAGACCUUUCCAACCUGCGACCAGGCCAAAUGAUUUGUUGUUCAAAGGGAAGUCUUCCAGACAUAACUCCCAAACCACAUCCAGAUGGCAGCUGUGCCACUUACACCAUCAAGCCUGAUGACGACUGCUCUCGAAUUGCUGCUUCAAAUGGCUUGAAAAUAGACCAACUGGAGAAAUUCAACGACAAAACCACAUGGGGAUGGAGUGGUUGCAAGACUCCUCUCGUGAUUGGAACAAACAUUUGUCUUAGCAAAGGGACUUCUCCAUUGCCGGCGCCGGUGAGCAAUGCGGUAUGUGGUCCACUUGUGCCCGGCACGAAGAAGCCCUCUGCAGGCCAGAAGCUCGAGAGCUUGAAUCCAUGUCCCCUCAACAGUUGCUGCAACAUCUGGGGACAAUGUGGAACAACGCCGGAUUACUGUACGCCUGCAACUGGUCCCACGGGCAAUCCUGGCACGGCACCACGAGGGAAGAAUGGUUGCAUAUCCAACUGCGGCGUUUCAAUAAAGAACAAUGCCAAGCCUCCCUCGUCUUUCAUCAAUGUUGCUUACUACGAGUCGUGGAAUUGGGACCGCCCUUGUCUCAACUACAGAGCUGAGGACAUGCGUGACACAAAAUACACACAUGCUCACUGGGCUUUUGCUUCCAUCGACAACAACUUCCAGGUUACGGUAAAUGACACUUACAAACAGUUGGACGACUUCCUCCAGCUUCCUCAGAAACGAGUCCUAUCAUUUGGUGGCUGGGGCUUCUCGACAUCACCUACAACAUACGACAAACUCCGCCAGGCAAUGUAUCCAGAACAUGUCGACAAAUUCGUGGAUAGUAUUGUCAAGUAUCUCAAUCAGAAGGGCUUUGAUGGUGUUGACAUUGACUGGGAGUAUCCAGGGGCACCAGACAUCCGCGGUAUUCCAGCCGGUCUGAAAUCGGAUGGACCAAACUACCUCACUUUCCUAAAAAAGCUUCGAUCCAAGCUGCCUGCGUCAAAAUCCUUAUCCAUGGCAGCGCCGGCUUCAUACUGGUACCUGAAGUCAUUCCCCAUCGCAGCCAUGUCUAAGCUGGUUGAUUACAUCGUAUACAUGACGUACGAUCUUCACGACCAAUGGGACUACGACAAUCACUGGACCCAGGACGGUUGUAUCUCAGGAAACUGCUUACGAGGUCACGUCAAUUUAACCGAAACCAUGUACGCACUGGCCAUGAUCACCAAAUCCGGUGUGGAUGCCAAUAAAGUUGUUGUAGGGCUUCCGAGUUACGGGCGGUCAUUUGGUAUGACCAAUAGAGCUGCGUGCGAGAAGAGUUUGAACGACCCGCAUUGCACGUUCAAAGGCCCUAAUUCAACAGCGACUCCUGGAGAGUGUACUGGAACCGCUGGUUACAUCGCCAAUGCCGAAAUCGAAGAAAUCAUUAACAUGGAUUUCGACGAUACUCGUGUCGAUUACGAUCCGGUCAGCGACACAACCAUGGUUUUCUAUGGAUCGAACUGGGUGGCCUAUAUGCCGGCUGAAUCGAAAGCCAAUCGGACAGCUAUUUACAAGGCAGCCAAUCUUGGUGGCGUAGUAGAUUGGGCUGUUGAUCUUCAAGAAUACACUGAUGACUCUCUUGAGCCCUACGACGACGAGCUUCCAGAUACGGAUCCUCUGCCGCCAUGCAACGACGUAUACAACUCCAUGGAAGAGCUGGACGCAGCCGCCGGAAAUAUCCCCGAACACUGUGUAACACUUUACACUCUAACUGCUCUCAACAACCUUCUCAAACAAAGUUUAAGCAACUACACGGACAUGUUGUCUAAUGGAUAUGACGACAAGUUCAAGGUCUAUUCUAAAUCAGUUGCCGACCAAGCGGGCUCUACUCUUCGCGAUUGGAUCACGACCAAUGGAACCAACUAUUACACGUGUGAGGUUGCGGAGGCUGCAAUUUGCUGCGACUCGUGUAAGCGCAACCAGAGGCGCCCAAGUGAAUGUGAUUACUGCUUCGAUGACGACUGCUUCCAUUAUGUCCACUCUGGCGAUUUUGGCCCUCCAACACCGGUGUUGCGUACAAAAGUAUACAAAGAAUCGGAGCCCUGUCCGCCGGAUUACUCCAAACGUGGGUACGGGCCGGAUGACCCGUAUGAGCAGUCGGUCUACUGGACAUUUUUCAACGAGACUGGCUUCUUUACGGAUAUGGAGUCAGAUACUGGAAUCCCCAAGAAUAAGACCAAGAUGGGGGACUACAAUCGUGGAAAUCCCUGUGCGCCAUCAUCCAAACCAGACGAUCCGUGCUGGGCCUCUGGCAUUGACUAUAACGUACCCUUGAUCAACGGAUACUCAGCUUCGGACGUGGCAAAUCCCAAAGAAAUUGUAAGGAAGGGUCUUGAAAAUGCGCAGACGCUUGGUCCACAGAUUGACAGCAUCAUCGCCACCCUCAAACUUGACGGCUGGAUUGGUGAAGGCUCUGACCUGAUUGACAGCCUCAGCAUGCCGAUUUUCAUGAUUGCCUCAGCCACAGAGAAGAUGGGCUUGGUGGAAACCAUUGCAGACAAGAUUGAGGAAGCGAAGAGGAAGGCGUUUAUUCUUGAGUUUCUAUCAGCCAUCUUUCUGUUCAUCCCGAUCGUGGGGGAAAUCAUUGGUUCCGUGGCAGAACUCGCUGAUGUGGUAGUGAUCAUGGGCUUGAUUGGAGCCGCAGGUAAUGCCGGAAUGGACAUUUACACCAUUGUGGACGAUCCGCACAAUGCGCCACUGGCUAUUUUCGAUCUCAUUUUGAGCCCGCUUGCGUUGGCGGAUGUGGCCAAGAUCAACAAGGCAGCGAACAUUCGACGAGGGAUGAAGGGAGAUGAUGUGGCUAAAUUGGGUGACGGCGUGAAAUCUAGAAUGGAGACUGUUGAGAAAGUCAAGGGCAAAUGUGUCUCACGAUAA